GAUACGACUGAAAAUCUAUCCACUUAUCCUCAGCCUCACAGACCAAUAGAAAGUUAGAAACCAUGUCAAGCUCUCAAGCUCAAGAAAUAUACCCACACUCGAACACAGACCGCUUUCCAUAAACACUUUUACAUGGCAUCCGUACUCGGAAGCUGCUCAACGGCAGCCUUGGCCUCUCGACCUCUCUCAUCUCGCACUUCCAGGGCUUCAAUUCCCUCUCUCUCUUUAAGCCUAGGGAAGAGUUAUGGGAAGAAGUUUUAUGGAGGGAUUGGGAUUCAUGGAAAGAAGAGGCCUCAAUUUCAUGUGGCAGUGACCAAUGUUGCCACUGAAAUCACCCCUGCUGAGCAGGCACAGAGAGCUGCUGCAAAGGAAAACCAGAGGCCAGUGUAUCCCUUCGCUGCUAUAGUGGGGCAAGAUGAGAUGAAACUGUGCCUUCUGCUGAAUGUGAUUGAUCCCAAGAUUGGGGGUGUCAUGAUCAUGGGGGAUAGGGGAACUGGAAAAUCCACAACUGUUAGGUCCUUGGUUGACUUGCUUCCCGAAAUCAAGGUAGUUUAUGGUGACCCUUACAAUUCGGAUCCCGAAGAUCCAGAGUCCAUGGGAGCGGAAGUUAGAGAGAGCAUUGUGAAAGGGGAGCAACUUCCUGUCACCAUGACUAAGAUCAACAUGGUUGAUUUACCCUUGGGUGCUACAGAAGAUAGAGUCUGUGGGACAAUUGAUAUUGAGAAAGCUCUAACUGAGGGUGUCAAGGCAUUUGAGCCUGGCCUUCUUGCAAAAGCUAACAGAGGAAUUCUUUAUGUGGACGAAGUUAAUCUCUUGGAUGAUCAUUUAGUGGAUGUUUUAUUGGAUUCUGCUGCCUCCGGAUGGAACACAGUGGAGAGAGAGGGUAUUUCGAUUUCACAUCCUGCCCGGUUUAUUUUGAUUGGCUCUGGCAAUCCAGAAGAAGGGGAGCUGAGGCCACAGUUGCUUGACCGUUUUGGGAUGCAUGCACAAGUUGGGACUGUAAGGGAUGCAGAGCUCAGAGUGAAGAUUGUGGAGGAGAGAGCUCGGUUUGACAAAAACCCCAAAGAAUUUCGGGGUUCUUACCAAGCUGAGCAAGAAAAGCUUCAACAACAAAUUGGCUCAGCUAGAAGUUACCUUCCAUCUGUUCAGAUUGAUCAGGAUCUCAAGGUGAAAAUCUCUAAGGUUUGUGCAGAGUUGAAUGUCGAUGGAUUGAGAGGAGACAUAGUGACUAACAGGGCUGCAAAAGCUUUGGCUGCUUUAAAGGGAAGAGAUAAGGUGACUCCAGAGGAUAUUGCUACUGUCAUCCCUAACUGCUUAAGGCAUCGUCUUCGGAAGGAUCCUUUAGAGUCAAUUGACUCAGGCUUACUUGUCAUUGAGAAGUUCUACGAGGUGUUUAGCUGAAGGAGGUACUGGAAGUGUUCUUUUAUUUUUUGUUGUAAGAUUGUUGUUUUGUUUAAUUUUUUUUUUCUGGGAUAUUAAUCCCAUACUGCUUUUACACGGGAACAUUUAGAUUUUUGGCCAUCCAUAUGUUCUGACUACUAUGUUAUAUAACUAAAAAGCUUUAUGGUCUAUAAUUUUGCGAAGCUUGAAGCUCGGUUGAACUAUCUAUAUGGAUCCAAUUUCGUUGCCAA